AUGGGGGACUUCAAAGCUGCUCCAGGGGACGAAAGUGUUGUCGUCGACGGGACAAGCUUUGCCUUGAACGGCCACAAUGUCUCAUAUCGAUUCCACGUCGAUGGCACUGGCGAUCUCCGAUCGGAUCAUUUCGGCGGUCGCGUUUCGGGCCCAAUCCCCGACGACCCUGCUCCAGUGAUUGACGGAUGGACCGGGAUGCCAGAUCGCGUCCGCCGCGAGUUCCCAGACCAAGGACGUGGCGACUUUCGCAUACCGGCGGUUCGAAUCCACCAGACUGAAGGACACAGUGUCUCGGCUUUUCUAUACCAGUCGCACGAGGUGGUCAAGGGGAAGCCGGGUCUCCCAGGGUUGCCGGCGACCUUUGGAGGCGAUGACGAUGCCACCACGCUUAUCAUACACCUUUACGACAAGUAUAGCGAUGUAGCGGCUGAUCUGAGCUAUACUGUCUUUCCUACUUAUAAUGCGAUUGUGCGCAGCACGAGCAUCACGAAUAAGGGCAAAGGAGCCAUCACCGUUGAAUCCCUGGCGAGCAUUAGCGUCGAUUUUCCUCGUGAGGAGCUGGAGAUGGUCGGGCUGCACGGUGACUGGGCAAGAGAAGCGCACCGCCAAAGACGGAAAGUUGACUAUGGCGUACAGAGGUAA